AUGGCCACCGAGUCCGUUCCCAAAACCACUCCAGCACCGAGCACAGAAGACGAUAUGGGCUCCGUCGCCGCCGUUAAUUUUAUCUCUGACGUCCUACCCGAUGGCGAACAUUUCAACUUUUCAAAGCUGCCAGCAGAAAUACGCCUGGCAAUCAUUCACCAAACCUUUGAACCUCAGUCCAUCAGAGUGCAUGUUAUUGACCAGAUGAUAGAGGAGGUCGAAGUGGAAAAUGGCGCGAAAAGAAUGACUCCUAAUCCAAUUGCUCUUAAGAUCGAUCGUGAGUGGCGGAAAGAAGCUAUCGCAUAUUAUGAUGCAUUACAAGUGGUGGAUAAUGUUAAAGGAAAAAAAUGGCCUAUCAUCUACAUACACCCUGGAAACGACACUCUCAUCAUCAAUACAUCCCCACAAGGGCUGAGGCCUCCUGGGAGAAACCAAGCCCUUCACAACUUGACACAGCUUUUGGACCAUCUCAACCAAAACUACGAACAAGAAUUAGCGGUCACAUUUGAAGAUGUUGGUCCUUGGAUCGUGCGUAAGCAACCCUUUAUUCAGUUUUGGCAGCGCGGCGACCCGACGGCACUUGACAUCGCCUAUGACUCUGAAUACGCUCGAACAGUGCUUUUUACCGUGUCACAGAAGGUGUAUGGAAGGGUGGCCGCUAUUUCGCGGGGCUCUAUCGAAAUACUACUAACAAAAACGGAGAAACAUGAGGCUGCGAAGUUAACUCACGGAACUAACAAAUUGAGACUUACGGGAAAGAGAGCAGGAACGGGGCCUGGUAACUGA